AUGCAUUACCUCGUAGGAACCGCCCAGCUAUGGCUGGGUGUUCUGCUCGUUGCGCUCGUAUCUUGCUCCUUCGCCUCUCCCAUCCUCCCCCCUAACCCGGCGGCGCGCCAGGCCCCAGGGCGCAAAACCUUCGAGCUGACCCUGACCUGGGAGCAAUAUGCCCCGGAUGGAUUCUCACGAGAGAUGGUCCUGGUGAACGGCCAGUUCCCUGGCCCGACGCUGGAGAUCGACCAGGAUGACGAGGUGGAAGUUGUGGUGCACAACAAGUUGCCGUACAACACCACUAUGCACUUCCACGGCAUUGAAAUGUACCUCACGCCCUGGUCUGAUGGUGUCCCCGGCCUGUCGCAGCGGCAUAUCCAGCCGGGAAGGUCGUUCAACUACCGCUGGACCGCCACUCAGUACGGAAGCUAUUGGUACCAUGCCCACCAGCUAGGCCAGAUCGAUGAUGGCAUGUACGGCGCCAUCCUCAUCCGCCCCAGGCAGAAUCAGCCCUUGCCCUUCAGCCUCAUCGCCACAGACGAGGUGGCACUGCUGGCAAUGGAAGAAGCUGCCAGGCAUUCUCACCGGCUUUUGGUUUCUGAUUUCAGGCACCGGACGUCGUACGAGAUUGACGAUAUCACCAAGGCUGCGGGGGUAGAGCUUACCUGCUAUGACUCGAUUCUCUUUAAUGGCAAGGGCAGCGUCGAGUGCUGGCCGCCGGAGAAGGUUGCCUCCUUUUUGGAUGGCGACCGGAGGACGUAUUUGGAUAGGGGCAAUGGCACAAGCUAUACGGCCAAGGGCUGCCUUCCGGCCCAGGUCAUCGCCAACGUCGUCGAGGCCGAAGCACCGACCAAUAUAUCGGCGAUUCCCCCGGACAUCUUCGACACAUGUACCCCGACCACAGGCACCCGUGAGGUUAUCAACGUCGUCCGAGGGCCGUCCGAGAGGUUGAAGUGGGUCGCCAUCGACGUCAUUGGCACUUUUGGCCUGCUGACGGCCGCGUUUUCCAUCGACGAGCUGCCCAUGUACGUCUAUGCCGUCGACGGCGAGUAUAUUGUGCCGCAGCUAGUGCACGCCAUUGAAGUGAACAGUGGUGAUAGGUACUCCGUGCUUCUUGAUCUUACCAAUGUUCCAGCUGGCGACUACCCCAUCCGCCUCGCAUCAACCGUCGCGGUCCAAGUCAUCGCCGGCUCCGCUACCCUGUCAUACCGCGUCGAGGACCCCAUAGUCCCGGCCAACGUGCAGCCCAGAUUCCCUAACGGUGAUCAUCAGGGCGGCCAAAGCGGCCAAGGCGGACAAGGCGGGCAAGGUGGGCAAGGCAGCCAAAGCGGCCAAAGUGGACAAGGCGGACAGGACGGCCACAGUGGACACACGGACAAGAAGACAGACCCCUACAUCACCGAUGGCGGCAGACCGUCCACGACGGACACGAUAUGGUUCUCCCAGAAGGCGCAGAAGCCCUUCAACCCUGCCGACACCCUUCCCUCGCCCGGAACCUACAGCGUCGCGCAGACUUACAAACUAGUGAUGCGCGUGACGGGCCAGAGCUACCAGUGGGCGCUCAACACGUCCUCCAUGGACAGCACCCAGACCGACUACCACGCCCCGCCAUCGCCCGUCCUGCUCUUCGACCCACAGCCGUACCGGUCCGACAAUACGACCAUCACAACCACCAACAACACGUACGUCGACCUGAUCUUUGUCGCAGAGGGCCCGCAGCCCGCGCACCCGGUCCACAAGCACGGCAACAAAAUGUACCUACUGGGCUAUGGCGAGGGCGAUUUCCCCUGGGCCAGCGUUGACGAGGCCAUGCGCGCGGCGCCCGGCCAGUUUGCUCUCAACCUGGUCGAUCCCCCGCGACGCGACGGCUACGUCACGCCCGCGGCCGUAAACGGGCCCACGUGGAUGGCUGUUCGGUAUCACGUUGCGCUGCCUGGUGUGUGGUUGCUGCAUUGUCACAUUCAGAGUCAUUUGCUGGGUGGGAUGGCCGUGGUGAUUCAGGACGGGAUUGAUGCGUGGCCGCCGGUGCCGGAGGAGUAUCUGACGUACCAGUGA